AUGACCACCACCACCACCAACGGUAGCUCCAACGGAAAUCCUAGUAGCGCUGCCAGCUCAUCCAUCGAUCCUUCGAGUGCCUCCGCUUCCAAGCCUGCAAAGCGCAAGCCCGAGAAAGCCCGCAACUCGCCAUCGACCAUGGACUCGAUUGAUCCACACGGAGGCAAGCCGCUUGCCAGGGCUGUGCUGGUCUGCAAGCGUUGUCGAUCCAAGAAGAUCAAAUGCGAUCAGGCUUUCCCAGCAUGCGGAUCCUGCGUCAAAGCGGGCGAGCCUUGCGUCGGAAUCGACUCGGCCACCGGUCGUGAAGUCAGUCGCAGCUAUAUCGUCGAUCUCGAACAUCAAAUCACCGAACUCCGAGCACAGAAUGCAGAGCUCGAACGUUUGUUGGCCGAACAGCCUGCCUCGGGCUCGGCCGGAUCCAGCUCGUUGGGCUUCAAGCGACCUCUCGAGCACGUCAAGACCGAGUUCCCCUUGGACCGAGCCGAGUCGGCUGGAUCGCCCGAUGCGCGACCGCGCAAGCGUCUCGCCGGGUCUCCUCGUGAGGACCGAGAGCUCGCAACUUCGAGCCAUUCGCUCCCAGGACUGGUUCUCGGACCCGGCGGUGUGGAGGUUGUCUCUUCUCCCGUCCACGACAAGCGACAAGGUCAGCUACGACCAUCGCUGGGCCGCCUCAAUUCGCACGCCAGCGGACUCUCCCCCGCUCGUCUUCUGUGCCAGGCCAUCCAACAAUCAGCGCAAGCAGGUCUGCGCAUUCGAGAUCCCGGUUCCUCCUCGCGCCCCCGCAAGUAUGGCACGCAGAGCCUCGGCGAAGAUCUCGGCAGAAGGGCAAAGGCUACUUCGUCGUUGCCAGCAGGAGGCGAAGCUCGGGCAGAGGGCAAUGGAGAUGUUUCGCAGCCGCAGAGGGAGGCGAGAUCAGGCUCACCUCAUAGCGGCAGCAACACUCCGUCCGAUGCCAAGAAGCUCUCCCCGUUCGACGACGGAGACCCGAUGCAGUACGCAACUGCCACCGAGACCGCCGACAUCACGGUUCCUGCCCCCGAACAAGCGCUCAAGCCGUCUCCGCUACCCGCUCCCUUCCCACCCUUGUCCACGGCGCGAAAGCUCAUCGAUGCCUACUUCGAGCGUGUCAACCCCCAGUUGCCCAUCCUCGAUCGGGCCUCUUUCACGGCACGAUUCGAAAGAGCUUGCAAGAAUGGCCUCGAAAGGGCGAGAGCCAAGCUAUCUGCAGAGGAUCGACAGAAGGCCGGAAGCGACGAUGACCAGCUUGGCAUCGAAAUGCUGCCAGCAGACGGCCAUCUCUUUCAUCUCGUGUUUGCCAUUGCCGCUGCUAUGGGCUGGACGCGGUCCAGCUGGAGUGCCGAGAACCACCACGAAGCAGCCAUGCGCUUUUUGGACCCAAGGCGAAUCAUUGCUUCCGGGCAAGACGGCAAUGUCGGCGCUAUCAUGGGCAGAGAUGCGCUCGAGCAGCUUCAGUGCCUGCUUCUCACUGCUCUGUACUCCAUCAUGCGACCCAUGAAGCCAGGCGUAUGGUACUGCCUCGGUGUCGCGCUGCGCCUCACAACAGGUAUCGGGCUCUACACAGAGUCACCAGGCGUGCUGGAAGCGUCUGCUCACCCACCUCAGGAUGCAGGCGAGACUCUCGUCGAGAAGAAGCGCCGACUCUUCUGGUGCUCGUACGCGCUCGACCGACAGGUCUGCGUGCAUCUCGGCCGACCCUUCGGCAUCGCCGAUUCAGACAUCAAGGUCAACCUGCCGUGGGUUGACAACGAGGAUGAGAUGAUCGAAGUACCCAUCGGAGACGGGGAUCGUCAAGGUCAGCGUGCCGAUGGCGCAGAGGAUGAUGUUGAUUCUUCGACCGAGAUCGCGCGCAGGGAAGCUGCUUCUACUUUGGCAGCCCUUCAGUCGAGCGCCCAUGAACAGCCAGCCUUCCCCGUCUCUCUUCCUAAACCAAAAGAUGCCAGCCGAUGGAUCUCGCUCUCCUUCUUCCGCAUACGCAUCCUCCAAUCCGAGAUUCAGUCGAUGCUCUACCAAAACGCAGAGCUGCCCCGUCGAUUCGACACGUAUGCCCAUUGGAAGACCGACAUCCUGCGCAGGCUGCAUGCGUGGCGUCAAUACGCGCCUUCCUCCAAGAGCGAUCUCGAAGCGAGCGGAUGCGGAUACAACCCCAUCUUUCUCGAGCUCAACUACCAGCAGACUCUGCUCAUGGUCUACGGUCUCAGUCCACGUUUCCCCAAAGCCUCUCGCAAGGACCUUGCCAGCGUUGAAGAGUGCAGUCGCAGCAUCAUCAACAUGUACGCGACGCUGUCCAAAGAGGGUCAGAUGAACUACACCUGGAUGACGGGUCAUAACGUCUUUAUCGCAUGCACGAGCUAUCUCUAUGCGAUCUGGCAAAUCAGCGCUACGGAUCCGGCGAGCUUUCGGUCCAGCGUCACGCUCGGCUUCCGCCACAAGGUGGACGAGAUUCAUCACUUUGCAGCGGCGUGCGACAAGGUGCUAUCCUCGCUACAGUGGGCGACGGCGGAGAAGUGCCGCAAGUGUUUGCGCACCAUGUUCUAUGCGACGUCCGUGGUGGUCGAAAAGAUCGAUCGGAUGUCUGCAGCGCAGUCGGGGAGUCACCGCCCGGAAGCCUCGGCAGGCCGCCGCGGUGCAGACGACGAAGAGCAGGAUCUGAGAAUAAGCAGAAGCCCGGGCAAGAAUGGGUUGCCCGCGUCGGCGAAACUCGGGGCAGAGCAAGAACGAAAGCGAUCGCUAUCCGCUUCCAAGCGGGCUGCGCCGGCGUCAGGUGUGGCCGGGUCGGCAUGGCCGAUGUAUUCACAGGAUCGAGAUUGGCGCCAGUCGGCUCCGAAUCGGCCCAGCGACGCUGUGUUGUCAUCAGCAUCAGACCCCGCGCGGUGGGGCCCUAGUGCGCCGGGACGUAUGUCACCGGCCUCAGGCUUGUCUUGGCCCGCCGAGUCAGCGGCAUACCGCGGCGAGGCAGGACAGAGCCAUUAUGGCAUGAGCCCAAACAUGGACGGCAGGCUGGCGUCGGCCUACGCAGGUCCGUACGGUAACGACGCGACCACUCCUAGCCGAGGACUAGAUAUGGGGUCCCACAUCGUCGAUCCCUCGAGCAACAACAAUGCCUGGUACGGCUUCAGCUCGAAUUCCAGCCCAAACGCUUUGUUCCCAGACAGCCCGUCGAACUUUGACAUUUCGUCAUUGAUGGCGUCUUCCGCGAUGGAGCUCGAUGCUCUCUUCAGGGAAGCCGGGCUGUCCACAGGGCCGUCUGGCGACCAGCGGGGUUGGCCGGACAAGAACGCCACGCAUCACUCCAGCAGCACCAUGCCUGCAUCGCAAUUUCCCCUCGGCGAACCAUCUCGAGAGCAACAAGUCACGCCCAACGAGGCGAUGACCAGCUUCUACGACCCCGUGCAGGCUGCGACAGGUGGAGACGCGAGGGGGAGGUGGGCGUUCGAAUCAGGUCCCUCUGCCACUGUGGGCUCGCAGGCCGUUGGUGGGCCUUCAGCUGCCGGAGAAGUGCUCGAGACGGACUGGGAAGCACUCGGCUUCGGGUAUCGCAUGAGCGGUGCAACCCAGUACAACGGACCUGCGCCCAUCUUUGCCGACCACCAGCCACAGCAGCAGCACCAAGGCUUUGCCGACGGGCGCGGUCAUGCUCGCCCCAACUCGUCUGCAGGGGCGGUGCGUGGCAGCGCAACCGAGUUCGAUCAGCGUUUCCUUGACUCCCACAUGGGCUUCUAG